UUCGUGUGAUUUUCAUCGAUUGUUUUCGACCUGAUGAAUUUUAAGAGCUGUAGGAACCGAAGAUGAAGUGUUUGCUUUACUAGAUUCAGAUCUUUGAAUGGACGCAUCAUGGGAGACACGGCUUUAAUGCCGUUAAACUAGCACCCUAGCCAUGGCUUUGGUUUUGACAGUUGCAGAAGAGAAAUUCUGUCAGACGACACAAUCGUCGAAGCUUCAGUUCGAGUCUUUCAGCUUGAGCCGCUCUGGGGAAGUUUCCAAGAGUGAUGAAAAACAAGUAAAGAUGGAUUGGCUUUUGGCACAGCAGUAUUAAAAACCUUUCUCACAAUGUUUACCCAGCAAGGUGGUACCUUUAACUUGGUCUUGAUGAAACUUGGCAUGGCAUACUUGAUGAUAAGGGAACAGGAGCCUAGUUGUUAGACAGGCUUCAUGAAGUACCCUGAACACAGAAUGUCCUUGGAGGCAGCAAUGCCUUUAUCGGACUCUGUAUUGACCUGGUUAGGUCACCAGUUGGAACUCCGCAAAAUUGAUUCUGUCAUUUACACCCGUUAUGUCAUCAGUCUGCUGCAGCAGGAUAUGGCAGACAUUGAUAGCACUGACCGAGAUGAAUUUUGGGAUAUAAAGAAAGAUUCCAAGAAGGCUAAAGAAAGGAGGGAUGUUAAGAAGAAGCCUGUCAGUGAGGAGGAAAGACGGAAAAAUGCUGCCGUAGAGUGUCUCUUGUCCGUGUCUGAUGAGGAUAAUGAUAUCGAAAGUUUGGUCGAAGAACUGUUCAUCAGACUAAAGGAGACAAAGAGCAGUCAGGGUUGUUUUUCUCCUCUUGCUAUAAAUACUAAAGACGAGUCAAAGUUUCAAGUCAAAGAGUUCCAAGACCCUGCUGAAAGGUACUAUGCAGCAUUUCCAGCUCUUCCUGGUGAUGGCACCCCACCACAACUAUCCCCGUCAUCUGAUGACAAUAUUUGGCGGAAAAACAGGAAAAGUGGAUCUCUUGCUGGGGAAACAUCUGAGAGUAAAGAAGGAUCUCCUCGGAAUGUAUCUCCUGAACAUGCAGAGGCUUUCACACAAGAAGUCAAAACUGUAGAGAAAUCUCCGGUGGAUUCGAAGUCAUCCACAAAUUCACCAUCAGCACCUGAAAGAAGGAGGCGAUCAGGAAGAGGAGAUUCCAGUCAAAAGAUGUCUCCUAGUGCAGGAGGAAGAAAGAAAAAUAUGAAGGGGAAGAAAGAGAUUGAGGCACAGAGCAAGGCAGUUCGUUUUCUAAGCUGGCCACCACCAGGGCACAUGAAGAAAGAAAAUGGAAAAGUAGAUACUGAGAAACAAGCCAAUCCUGAAGAAACAGAAGAAGAGAAAUACUGCAGUAUGGUUGAGCAGAUGUUGAAAGAAAUGCUAUUAUCAGACAGGAAACAUGUUCAGGCUCCAACAGACCUGCCAAUGUGGGCCUAUUUUCCAGCAGAAGGGUUCACGGAAGGAUGCUUCACAGAAUGGUUUAGAGAAGACAGUCAGAGUCCAGAAUUCACUGAAAAUGAUGAUUGGUACACACAGCCCCUGGAGCAUAUUUUCUACACACCAGUGUCCCAGACAAAACGGCUUUACAAAAGGCACAGCUAUCCACCAAUGCUGAAUUUUGGUGAACAGUUUGAGUGGAACACUAUUCUGUCUUUGAAGAAAACCACAACAGAUUAUAUUUUAUUGGAAGAUGUUUUUGAUCCAAACAAGGACGUUCCAAAAGAAGAUGUUUUGGAGAUUUUGUUGAGCCAUCCACAGGAAGCAGUGUCUGAUGUGGUUGAGCAGCCGAAUGAGGAUUUGCAGUUUAGUGGAGAACAAGAGAAGGCUAUCAAUAAUGAAGGAGUAGAGUGUUUGUCUGAAGAAAAAGGUAAAGAAGCAAAAGAAGUGGCUAAGGAUCAAGAAGAACGAAUUGUUGAAGAAACCAAUGAAGCCGUAAAGGAAACUGAUGAAACCCCAGCUUGGUAUAACGACGACCUAGCCCCUACUUCCCCAAAUGUUUUAUUUCCUUUUGACGAAUUUGCUAACUUUGCCACCAAUGUAGAUGGGAAGUCCAAGGUUGACUUUAACACCAGUGCCUUGCCACUUACAUUACCAAGUCUUUUCCCCGGUACAGACCCUGACUGCCUUGUCCCAGCCAGUGAUACCAGUAGCACUGUCUCUAGUGUGGAAAAAGGUUAUUUCAGUGACGUUACAGAGACAUCCUUCGUCUUUGACAUGAGCCGACACAGCAGUCCAUUCCCUGACAUGCUGCUCCUGAUGAACUAUGGAGAAGAUGAUGACACAGGCCAGAUGACCACAAGUACUGCUAGUAGCUUGAAAGGGAGUAGGUUGGAGAGUCUGUUUGAAUCUUCUAGACAGGAUCUUCUGGAGAGCAUGGAAAAAAGCGAGGUUCAACAACUUGACUAUUCAGAGGCAAAACCAGAAUUCGAUUUUUGUGCUGAUGAUCUGUUUCUUUAUGGAGCCGAAGAGGAAGAUUGUAUAUUGUAUGGCACCAGAAAUAUGUUCCCAAAUGGCGCCACAUCCAAUGGAAAUCCUCUAGAAUCAUCAUCAAACACGGAGGAGAAACAAGAUUCUGAAACAGAAACAGAAGAAAAAUCGACAUCAGUGUCUUCAAGUCAGCUUGAGCCUCAGUCAAAAUUUACUGAUUCUACCUCUGAAGAUGAGAGAGAUGAAAGUGCCUGUUUUCCUUCUGAUCUCUUUAAUUCUUUCAGUUCUGUAGGAGAAAGUUCUGGUGGAUCAGUUCUGUUGGCAGAACCAGGCUUGGUUGAACACAGUUAUGUCCUAGAUCUGCUUGAUUCUGGAGAAGUUAGUCUACAAAAUGAAUGUUCCUCUUCAUAUUUUGUUCAUCUGUCCCCUCUAUCUGGAUCUGGCGGGUCAUGCUGGCAAAGCAAGAUAUUGCUACAUGACUAUGGAGAUACUUUUACAUUUGGGAGCUUAGAACGCUCUUCUGAACUCACAUGGGACGCAGUAUUAAGUCAAAAGAAACAUAUUUGGUCAUCAGCAAUGAGUCGAAGUCCUGUAAAUUUGUCAGUUAGGUCUCCUACUUUGAAAGGUGAGCUGUGGCAACUUUGGGAUGUCAACAGUCAGAAGAAAAUGGCUGAUAUGAGGGCAAAAAACACUGAUACAAAUGCUUGCACCUGGAACAGUAUCCUUAGUCUUUCUGUCUAUGCUCCUGACAAGGUUGAAGAGGAAGAAGAAUGGAACAACGAUGAUGAAGUCUUCCUUUCAGAAAUCAUCAAUGAAGAAGAUGCAGUGUUAGGGCUUCAGUUUCUUGAAGAGAUCAAUGGAAUAGGAAAGGGUCCACGAUAUGAAAGAAGCGUUUCGGAGAGUGACUUACAAAGCAUGGCAGACAACCCUUUCCUGGACAUGUCAAAACCAAAUCUAGACAUAAGUUAUGAAUUGAUUCCAUCUGAAAAUUCUGCUUUCCAGGGUGUUGUUCCAAAGCAAUUGCAUCAUGUCAGAAGUGCUCCAAAUCUCCGCUAUAAGUCAUUAGUGUCAAUGGUUCGGGAAGAUGAUCUCCAUCCACCUGGUCUAGCUAGUAUUGAAUCUCCUGUUGAACAUUUGUAUUUCUCUGCUAAAACUCACUUUCGUCCUAUCCAAACCCCUGUUGCAACUCCAGAUGAAGAUGUCGAGUUCCAGCCCAAGGAUCUCUUUGGUGGAAUGUCAGACAACAGUGGAACUCCAUAUCAACAGUUUCUUAGUCCAGGAGAAGAAGAAGAAAGCAACUUUCGGCCCAAAUUUAAAAUACAAAAAGAUUUGGACAAAUAUAUUCAAACUGGGGGAAGUCUAGAUGAAUCAGAUAUUGACUACGAGAGAUUUAGACAGCAACAUUGUGAACAAGCCAAAAACAGUCGAACUGAAUUCAUUGAAGAAAUUGUUGUUGGUUCCGUCUUAGAAGAAAAUCUGGAACCGGACGUCGUAGAUCAAAGUUCAAGCUACCUAGCAGUUGCUGAGCCUGAGAUUGCUGAAACAGACAGCGUCAAGAACCUUUCACUUUCCAAAAGUGUAGGUCCAUCUGUGGAGGACGAAUCUGUACUGCAGUUAUGUACGAGUCUAAGAGACUUGUACAGUGAAAAGAAAGCAGACAAGAGCAGGAAAAUAACAAAACAAAGUCAAGGAGUGGACUCAAAAGUCCCAGAUGAUUCUAAAUGGGAUGGUCAGAAGAUCAAAGAAAUGCAUUUGUCAGAUGUGCAACACUAUCAUGACAUAUGGAGCGCAGGAUAUGAAAUGGACUUGCAUCCUUUCAGUGUUGAUAAUGAGACUUUGUACUUGCCAUGUGCUGUUGAUGAGACACUCUGCAGUUCAGAGGUCACAACAAACGAUGAAGAAAACAAGUCAAAAGAGGAGUCUGACAAAACCGAUGAACUCUACUUAUAUUACUUGGAAAAUUAUCCGGAAUAUGAUUCCUACAUAUUAAGUGCAUCUGAUGUUUGCUCUGGCCCACAGAGUUAUGAAGUGUCUGGUCUGAUGCCAAUCCCACACCAGGCUGUGUACUCGUCAGAUCUUGAGAAGCAGUGGCUUGAGAAAAAGGCCCUCAGUGGAAGGAAUGCCAAAAGGAAAUCACAUAAACUGAAGCUGAGGAGAGAUUCAAUCAAGCGCUGUAAACCCUGCAGUUUUUCCUGGAGGGUAAUUGUUCUACGAUCUGACUGCAAAUUUUCCCAUGACUUAUCCAGCAUCACUUGCAGAUUUUGGGAAGAAGGCCUUUGUUUCAAAGGUUCACUCUGUCCAUUUUACCAUGGUUAUCCAAGUGAUACUGAGAUGAGCUUGACUACUGAUGGGAAGAGUGGAGAUAGAUGUGAAUUCAAGAAGGACGAAGUUUCCAGAACUUGA